AGGGCUGUGUAGAUUUUACCAAUUAAGAAAUACUCUAAGGACUUAUCCGUGUGGUCGCGAAUCACGUUCCCUCAGUUUUAUUUAAAACGUUUUCAGUUAUUCUUUUUCUCACCUAAUUUAUGGAAAAACAUAGGAAAGGUAUUUUCGCAGACAAGUAACGUUAACACUUUCUCCACUCCACAAAUUCCUAUAUCUUUACCACAACGCUUCUCUCUCUGCAUCAACUUUCACCCUUAAGCUUAAGCUCCGGCCAUGGCGUCUGGACCAUCGGGUCACGGUAACGGUGGUUCCAAGGGCUUCGAUUUUGGCUCCGAUGACAUCCUUUGUUCAUACGAAGAUGAUUAUAUCAACCACGAUUCUUCUAAUGGAACUCACACCGAUCCCAGCACCAAGGAUUUUCACAUUUCAAGGAUGGGAAGAACAUCAAUGUUGCCUGCUACUGCCUAUAGUUCGCCUGAAGAUUCUUUAGGCCAGGAUGUGAUUGCAACUGUUGAGAAGAGUAUGAAAACAUAUGCUGACAAUGUGAUGCGGUUUCUUGAAGGAAUUAGUCUAAGGCUGUCUCAGUUGGAAUUAUAUUGUUAUAAUCUUGACAAGUCAAUUGGAGAAAUGCGAUCUGAUUUAAAUAGUGACCAUGAGGAGGCAGAUACAAAACUCAAAUCUCUCGAUAAACACCUUCAGGAAGUAUAUAGGUCUGUGCAAAUUUUAAGAGACAAGCAAGAGCUAGCUGAGACUCAGAAAGAGUUAGCCAAGCUUCAACUUGUUCAGAAAGAAUCAUCUUCCUCAAGCCAUCCGCAGUCCAAUGAGGAGAGAUCUUCACCUUCUGCCUCAGAUCCAAAAAGAACUGAUAAUGCAUCUGACCCUCGUAAUCAGCAGUUAGCUCUUGCCCUACCUCAUCAAGUUGCUCCCCGGCAGCAGCCUGUGGCACCCCCCUCUCAAGCUCAGUCCCCAAAUGUGACCCAAGCCGCUCAACAACCCCAUUAUUACACGAUGCCCAACCCUUUGCCCAAUCCCCAAGCUGUGGCCCCACUUCCUCAGAAUCAGUAUUUGCCAUCUGAUCCACUGUAUCGGAUUCCACAGUCAACAUCAUCUCAGGUAACCCAUUCCCCACCCAUGCAACAAUUUUCUCAGUAUCAGCAGCAGCAGCAACAACAGCCACAAUGGCCUCAACAGUUACCACAGCAGGUGCAACCUCUGCAACCGCCCUCAAUGCAGUCUCAAAUGAGACCCCCCUCAACAAAUGUUUAUACUCCAUAUCCUACAAGUCAAGCUACAAAUCCACUUCCCACUGAAACACUGCCGAACAGCAUGCCAAUGCAACUGCCAUACUCAGGGAUUCCACCCCCAAGAUCUAGUGCAAUACCAUAUGGAUAUGGCGAAACUGGCAGAACAGUUCCACAGCAACCUCUGCCCCAGCAAGUCAAGAGCUCUUUUCCAGCACAACCAGGUGACGUAUAUGGAACUAGCGGGACCCACUCCUCCCUUCCUCCUGCAAGUGCAUACAUGGCAUAUGAUGGAGAGGGUGGAAGAACACAUUAUCCACCCCAACCUUCUCAUUAUGCUCAAGGUGGAUAUCCUCCAACAAGUGCUUCCCUUCAUAAUCCUGCUCCACACAAUAUCAUGGUUCGGAAUCCUAGCCAGUCACAUUAUAUUCGCAACCAUCCCUACAAUGAAUUGGUUGAAAAAAUGGUGAACAUGGGAUUCAGAGGCGAUCAUGUGGCAAGCGUUAUCCAAAGGAUGGAAGAAACUGGGCAGCCUUUAGAUUUUAACUCCGUACUUGACCGGUUGAAUGCUCCUACUUCAGUGGGUCCCCAGAGGGGAUGGUCAGGGUAAACAACUUGUACUUCAUAUGCCCUUUGUACAAUGUUGUUCAGCAUGUCCUGCAUGAACACUGUUGUCCAGGACCCGGAUGUUACUUUCCAGCCCUCCAAUCAUUGCGUGUUUUAUAAUGCAUGGAAUAAACUUUUAUGUAAUGUAAUGUUCCCGGUAUUAUCGUAUAUAGCAUGUUUGAGAAUUGAGGAAUAUUGUAUAAUAUUUAAUGUUGAUUCAGUGAAUGGAAUUAUAUGACGUCAUUUAUUCUAAAGAAGUUAAAUUAAGUACCACUCGACUCCAGCGAUUUUAAAU